AUGGCCUUGCUCGAAAGAUGGAGACCCGAAUCACAUACAUUUCAUUUUCCAACUAGUGAGUGUACCAUAACGUUGGAAGAUGUGAGUAUGUUACUGGGUCUACGUGUCAACGGUAAUGCUGUAGCCGGUCCUACCGAAUUAGACUUGGACAUGUGGGAAGAAUUUUUGGGUGCUCAUCCACCACGUACAGCUUUAAAAGGUCGGAUGGUUCUAAUAUCUUGGCUUAAAUCAUUGUUAGCUAAUAAUCCGGUAAAUGAAAAUUCAACUGUGGGACACUUAACUACAUACACUAGAAUUUUUAAUCUGCUUUUAAUUGGCUUAUCCUUAAUGCCCGAUAAAAGGAGUAAAUAUGUGCAUAUCAUGUGGGUGCCAUUGCUACAAGAUUUGGAGAGAUGCAAUACAUAUAGCUGGGGGUCAGCCGUGUUAGCCUAUCUUUAUAGAGAAAUGUGUAAGUCGGUAGACGUAGAAGUCGAGGGAAUGGGAGGGUGUGUUGAACUUAUCCAAGCUUGGGGAUAUUCCCGAUUGCCUUUUUUGGCACCCAUCUCUCCGGAGCUACCAUCAUAUCCGUAUGCUGCGAGGUGGGGUGCAAAGAAGAAAAAAACGAAGGAUAGCCCUCAACAUUGUCUACUUGGAUACCGAAUUAGCUACGAAUACUUGAUGCAGAAUCCGCAGCUAACAAGAGGCAAAAUCGCAGCUAUUGGAGGGGUACAAUCAGGAACGAUGAUGAACAGUGGUGGGACAUGCGCGGAGCAUUCUGAUUGGACAGUCAAAAAAAUAAUCUCUCUCUCCAGGCGCAGACGUUUUGUAUUUGCCGGUCAAAAGUCUCCCUCCGUUCUCAUUGGACACCAGCGCUAG